UCACUCUGCGAGAAAGAUUUCAGUUACGCGAAAAAUGCCAGACGAUUUAGAUGUACGUCGGUUGAUUGAAGAAGUGAAGGCGCGUCCCAUCUUAUGGGAUUUACGAUACGGCAAAGACCGGACGAACACACCUCCGAAAUGGGCAGAAAUCGCUGCAAUACUAGGGGUCGACGUCGAGCAUUGCAAACGUAAAUGGAAGAAUCUACGCGAUGCUUAUCGUGCCGAGUUGCGUCGCACCGAGCGUCGUGUGGAGCGUUUAAAAGCUUCCGGCGACUACGACAGCUCCAUGAACAUAGGCAGCAAAUGGGCAUAUUUUGAACCGAUGAGUUUCAUUAAUGACACACGCCGUCCCAGAUAUCAUUCGCAUACGCACAGAAGCGAAGGUGAGGGCUCUAAUGGCUCAAUUGAUGAACCGCCCGGUUUUCAUAGCUUUUGCGACAUCAAAAUGGAACCACAUCACACUAGCGACGAAGAUGAACGCGAAGAGGAGGAACGAUUGCUGGAACAGUUCGUGAGUGCCGCCACACCUCAAGCUGUGCGCCGCCUUUCGAAUUCAAUAUCUGUUGCCAAUGCUGUUGAAGAUGCGACGACAUCUGCCACCAGUAGACGCGCCAGUUGUAAAUGCUCAAAUCGUGCUGAUGAUCAAGUGCAUUUUUUAGAGAAUUUGGAGCGUGAAGAGCAGAGUUUAAUGCAGUCGACGCGCAUGGAUAUGAGACGCGACAACAAUACCAGCCAUGUGGGUGAUUCUGAUUACAAUUUUCUGGUUAGCUUUCUGCCACAGAUGAAGCGGAUGAGUGAAUUGCAAAAUUUGCAAUUUCGUGCGAAGAUGAGUGAGUUGUUAUUGAAUAUAAUGACGCCAAAUACUGGUGGAUCUGUGCAACCAAUGACAACAGCACAGCAACAACAACCACAACAGCUGCAGUUGCAGCAAACACAGCAACAGUCGCAACCUGGUGUUAUCCAAUGUGUGGCAUUGCCGCAACAGUCGGCGUUACUACAAAUGCAAAUAGACUCACAGCAGUUGCAACAGGGCGAGCAACGAUCGCCAGUGCAGCAAAUGGAGCAACAACCGCAGCAGACGCCAGCAAUGCAACAACAGUUCACCACCACCGUUCUAAUGGACGCCGAGCCAUUGGAGAACAGCAGCGUGAGCAUCAGUAAUGAAAUGAGUGGGGAUAAUUCAACUAACUGGGCAUGAAAGCAACAGUGGUUUUCAAACUGUUCGCGCUGCUAUAGAUAUUUUCGUUCGAGUUUUUACAACAUUCGCAUAUAGAUUAGGGGAUUAGGGCAGUUUUCAAUUAAAUGCUUAUUACUUCUCAUCAUGGCACUGGCAAAUAUUCCCGUUUAGUCGUUGCCAUGGGAAGUUGCAAGUUGUAUUGCCUGUGCCAAGUUAAUAGCAUUUAAUUGUGAACUGUCUUAGUAUUUGAAUAUCGAGAAUUUUUUGCAUCGAUUUAUGUUUCUCAUAAUGCUGAAAUAUUUGAAAAAGGAGCCUUUUGUAUUAUCGUAUUUUACAAUAAUUGUAUACCUUGGGUUGCUGUAGCCGUGUGGGUUGGUGUGUGACUAUCAUUGCAUACAACACCCGACCAUAGAAAAGGCGUUUCAUAAUAUUCUAUCUUAGACUAAAUAAAUAAGUAAUUU